AUGACGACCCCUACCCUCUCCCGCGACGACCUCAUAUCCCUCCACGGUUUCACUCCCCUCCCCGUGGACCAGGACGCCAUCUUCCAGGGAAAACCAUUCCUCCACCAACCCACCCCGGUCCCUCUCUCGUCCAUCCCCUAUCCAAGCUCUACCGACCCCUUGGUCGCCAAGGUGCAGGAGUACGCGAAGGAAAAGCUCCCAAUCCAAACCUACAACCACUCCAUGCGGGUUUUCUACUGGUGUACGCCCCUUCACCCCUUUCCCCUCCACCACACCCCUGACCUGUCUCCUCCACGACAUCGGCACCACCCCCUCCAACCAAUCCUCCACCCUCCUCUCAUUCGAGUUCCAAGGCGGGGUGAUAGCCCUCGACCUCCUAAAAGAACUCAACGGCAACAAGUCGCAAGCAGAAGCCGUAGCAGAAGCCAUAAUCCGACACCAAGACCUCGGCACAGUAGGCACCAUCACAGUCUUGGGACAAAUCCUCCAACUAGCCACAGUUUACGAUAA